AUCACCAUUGGUGGCAAGGAGGGAAAUCUCCUCUCAUCGAGUUUCUAUCGUUGCAGUCUCGAUUCCUUUCGUUCUUUCAUUCCCACUUUUUUUUAUUUGUGCCUUCCUUCGGCAGUUGCCCCCUUUCCUGUUUUUUUAUCGGAUUCGAGAACCUGUGUGCGGCUUGGUCGUCCCCUUAUUUAUCUCCUCGCUUUCCGAGUCCCCGAGGAGCCCAAGCAAAUGACGUUUCACGCCAGACGCUGCUACGCCUGCCCGGUCCUUCCAGAUGACUGCUUUUUAUAGAAAGUGCUGGCCCGUACGCGACCGCGCUGGUAGGCCUCACCAGCGCCAAUGUGCACCCCGACAGACUUCCGUGCACCAGUUUCCACCAAGUUCGCCGGGAACGUCGUCCAUCUGAUCGACCCUCGGUCAACGUGCCAUCGCCGCAGCGGCACCAUCGGCAGCAAAGAUAGCAGCUAGCGAAAGGACCAGGUGAAACAACAGAAAAAGAAAAAAAAAGAGGACCGUCUAACCGUAAUAAAGUGAGAGAAGUCGUCGCUUCCUCCUUGUGUACAAGCAUGCCGUCGUAGUACGCCCUGCCUGCAAACCGAAUUUGCCUCAUCAAAAAUGCAAGAGACUCUCUUGACGGGUUUAAUCAGUGCGGCCUGCUAGCGCUGGGUUCUUUUUUUUUUUCUUUUUAUUUUUUCUCCUGGCGCGGUUGCCGCGGACGCCGAUAGUUGUGUGAUGCUCGCCAACGUCGCCUGGAACAGCGGAGAUUUUGUCGUCGGUGGUCGCUACGUCGUCGUCGUCUCCGAAUGACUUUGAAAGUGUCGCAGAGUUAAUGGUUGUGUAUCGAAAGGAUCCCUUCAAGGUGGAGACCGACACGACAGCCACGGCUACCCCGAUCGAGAACGGCUCGUCGGAUGAAGCGGAGACCGUCCCGAAGGGGUCAGCCCCCGAGAGCGGAGCCCCCUCCUGCACGGAGGCGGGCGGGGGCGUUCCCGGGGUAGCCAAGGCUGGGGUUCCCAGGGCCAUACUCACGUGCCGGCCCAACUCGCACCCGUUCCCCGAGCGCAUCCUCAGCUUGGACCAGCCGGCCAAGGUGGGGCGGUCGGUGGCCCGGUGCCGCCAGGCACACAACAACGCCAUCUUUGACUGCAAGGUGCUCUCGCGCAACCAUGCCCUCCUCUGGUAUGACAACGGAAAGUUCUACCUUCAGGACACCAAGAGCAGCAACGGCACCUUUGUGAACAACCAGCGACUGAGCAAGGGCUCCGAAGAGUCUCCCGCUCAGGAAGUCUGCUCGGGUGACAUCGUGCAGUUCGGGGUGGACGUGGUCGAGAACUCCAGAAAAGUGACGCAUGGGUGCAUCGUCGCAACACUGCGACUCUUUCUGCCGGACGGCAAGGAGGCCAAAGCUAGUCCGUCUACGGCUGUUGUGGCCCCUGGAGGGGGUUCGGCCAUCAGUACACAAGAGCUGUACCAGCUGUCCCAGUAUCUCCAGGAGGCCCUCCACCGAGAGCAGAUUCUGCAGAACAAGAUGGCGACACUCCUCAGGGUUGUCAGCAGCACCCAGGAAGCUACCGAGAACAACUGGAAGGCCAUGAUAGAAGAAGACCGUCUGUUGAAUCGGAUUGAGACACUGGAAGCUCAGCUGGUUGUCUGCGCCAAAUCCACAACAGACGACAAACUGAGGGAAGAGAUCGCUCGGCUACAGGAAGAAAGGGACCGCUACCAGAACUCUGCUAAGGAGUCUCUGCGCAAGGCCCUCCAAGAGAAGUUGGAAGCUGUGCGCAGGGUGCAAGACCUCGAGUAUGCGGUGGUGAGCAACGAGGAGGAGUGUUCCAGGCUGCGCGAGGUCUACGAGUCUGCCCAGAAGGAGAUCGGACUGCUGGCCGACCGCAGCGACAAGCUCCAGAAGGAGAUAGGCCAGCUCCAGGAUCAGCUCAAGGAGGCUGAGGAAUUGAGCCAGGCCAUGGCCGAGGACAAGGCGGCAUUGGAGAGUCAGAUCGAGGACUUGCAGCGCAACGAGCAAGCUCUGGCAGCCAAGAUCGAAUCCCUACGAGCCGACAAUGACUUUUCCAAAGAGCAACUAGCUGCUGUCAAAGCACGCUUUGAGCAAGUCAAGAAGGCUGAGUACAUUGAAGACAGCCUAGGCUCGCUGGACACCAAGGACAACAUGCCCAAUCACCAGGACUCUGACGAUUCGGACGAGAGGGAGUUUUCCGACAAGAAGGAGUUGGACGAGUCGAAAGACUCUGCGUCGCUGUUGGAGAAGGAGUCCGAACUAGGGGAGAGCCCCAAGAAGGAACUGGGAAUGAGCCUGAGCUCACAUCUGGAUGGCUUGAAAGAAGAAGAGAACAAACAGAGCGUCCUCUCCAAUCAGCUUCAGGCCAAGGUGUGCGAGCUGGAAGAGCAGCUGGAGCAGUUGCACAUGGACGACAGGGAGGAGUCCAAGCCCGCGGAAUACCUGCAGGCCGAGAUCAAGCGUCUCCAAGAACUUUUGUUCGAGUCUCGAGAAAAGAAGAAUGUCGCAUUGCUGGAGAUGUCCAAGAUGAAAGAGCAACUCGAGCAAAUGGAGGAGACUCGUAAAAUUACGACUGAGCGCCUGGCCGAGAAAUUGGUGUUGGACUCGUGCGAGGUGGAGGGAGAGGCCACCCUGUCUGCCCAGCUGGCUGCAGCACGCAAGCAUGCCCAAGACCAGGCAGAGCAGAUCCUGAGACUGCAGGAGGAGUUGUCUCAGUCUGAGCUGUCGUUGCGAGAGUUGCGUGAGCAGCUUGGGGUGCAGCGGCUGCAGCUCUCAGAAGAGGAGCAACGCCGCAAGCUCAACCAGGAGGAACUGAGCAGCCUGCAGAAUCUGCUCGAGGAGGAGAGGAAGGCUCGAGACAGGACAGAGAGCACGUGCGAGACCAUCAAGAAGCAGCUCCACGAAGCUCAGAACACCGCCAAGCAGCAUCAGAAUGAGACUGAACACCUGAGAAAAAAGGUGCGCAGCCUGACGGAAGACCUCCGGAACCGCACCAACGCCGAGCGGUCCUCGGCCCCACUGCCAGCCCAGGAGGCUUUGCGGGAGGAAUGUGCCACCCUGCGUGCGCGCGUGCAAAAGGCAGAAGAAGAGGCUUGCAGGCAGCAAAAUGAGAACGCCAGGCUGGUGGCGGAGUUUGAGCGGCUGCGAACCACCUGUGUGGGCCUGCAGUCCUCGGAACCCCCGAAAGUGAUCCCGCAUGAGCGCGGGGACCGAGUGCCAAGCCGGGAGAUGCUCUGCGAGCAGGACCUGCUCUGCGAGCAGGACCAAGCUACCAGGCUUCAGCUUCAGGAGACGACGGAAGAGCUGGCUCUUUUGAAGGACAAAUUCUCCGCUUGCGCGGAGGAGAGGGCACAACUCCAGCGAGAGCUCAAGGCACUGACCGACGAAUACCAGCUCAUGUCGUAUCAGUCUAAAACGAUCUCCGCCUGUUCCAUCAUCCCACUGUGCAUCCUGUUAUUGGCUGUCCUGCUGGGCUUCUACCCAACCAUCUCUUUCCUGACGGGUACUGCCGAGUCUCCCUGAGUCUCUGCGAAUCUGUUGGAUCCAUGAGGAGGAGUGCGCAAGUCCGCCAUAUGUCUUCUAAGCAGCGGAGCAGGUCCAGCAGUGAACAUGGUGCAAGGGGAAUCGCUGGCCCCCAACGAGUGUUUUUUGGAGGCCGUGCACACAUGGUCGCUUCCUCCAAUUGCGACCUGUCUUGCACAUAUAUUGGUUUUUUCAAGCUGGCACACUUUCAGAGAAAGGAGGACUAGUAUAACCAUUGUUUCGGCGGGCCGACGUUUUUGUGGCACAAAGGGAACGACCGCCACCAAUGGUGAACAGAAUGUUAGGAGAUGCAUCCCCUGUGAAGGAUGCCCAAGCAUGUGUGCACUACCGGACUGGAAGUACAAAGCACACACUUUGUUUAGUUCAGAUUUGUCAUCAGCUCCCUGUUGCUUUUUUUUUUUUUUUUAUGGAGGAAAGUGCCGUUUGAACGAGAUGCUCUGCCUCUUCAGCAUGUCGUGUUCUUGGCACGAGUUGUUUUUCAUACAUGUGCGAAACAUCUUCCUAUCUUGUUGUUGGGUCAAGUGUUGCGGCUUUUGUGCUGGAAAGAACAUGGAUGUGUGGAGUCUCGCUUGAUGCAGCGUGUGUCCAAGCUCGCUUCUUCCUUUUUGGUAGGUGGUGUAAAGCUGCAAGGAGUAGAUUUUUGGAGAUGUAGAAACAAUUAAAUGAGCAUCUGUUGCAGAGAGCGAGCAUGUUUGCCUUUAGUUGGAGCUUUUAUUUAUUUAUGCGAGCAUCCAAGCAGCAGGUCGUGGAGCUUGCUCUCAUGCACGCCCAAAUGCGAUGCUUCAAACAUCCAGUCGUCUCGAGAGUUUGUUUUUGACGGAACCCGACGAGAGGAGCUACGUUUUGAAAAGCGCCGAACGAGCGUAGCAAUCUCCAGCUUCUCGGACGAACCCGGUUCGACUUCGCUUGCCAUCUCGAGAAAGGUCCAGCAUUGGUAGGCUUUAGUCUUGAUUGCUUUGCUGCCUUACAAAGCUGUCUGUGGUUUUCAUUAUGAAACCUUUGUAAAACAUCACUUACCGAGAGAAACUUCUGCUCCAAGCUCUCAAAGGUUGCUGUUUAAUCUGCAGAGUGAUUGCCAUACGUAGAAGCAAUGAAUAGUAGUGGUACUAACACCUUGAACCUGAAAGCACAGCAGAGAAGCCACUCUCCACGCAGCUGCGGACACUGCCAUCGGUGGCCCAAGCGAACCUUUUUCUAUUCGUAUCGCAGGAAACGGUCGGCUGCGUGGAAAUGGUCAGUCCCUGCCUGUCCCUUCGCAUUCGGGUGUGUGGUAGUGUCCACUUGAGGCCGCGCGGUUCGACUUAAAACCUAAAGGGCAGAUUUCCCCCUGGAAAUGCUGAACUGGAUGUUUGACUUGUUGGACAUCUUCAAAUUUUUGUUUGUUUUUACUGGUUAGAGGAAUGUUGCUUUUGGUUCUCUUGUAGCAGGUAUUGACACGUUGCCACACCGUUUCGUCAAGAAACUGGAGACGUAGCGCGGACACGGAAGUUCCCAGCCAUUUGUCCUCGAAGCAGAAAAGGCCUCUUUGAUAUCACUCGUUUCCUCUCUAGAAGACGGGCUGACAGAAGGUUCACACGUGUAUGUAGAUAUAUACAAAAUGAUGUUUUCCCCUCUUCGCUCGUGUACAUACUGUCUCCCUAGAUAAGUGACUGUCAAGUGCCAUCAUAUGUGUGUUGCGUGUCUAUCGGUUUGUACAGAAACACCGUGUAACAUAGGCUCACAAGGCUUAGCAUAACUCUUUUACUCUGGCGUACCUGCACCGAGAAAGAGCUGCAGCUCUCGACUCUGGUAGUGUUGAUGGCUUUCCUGAUCUGCGUUUUACAAACAUGUUAAGUUUUUUCUUCUUUUUUUUUAGACAAGCUACAUGGACCUUGCUUGUGUUAUCUUUCUUUUUUGUUUUCUUUGUAAAGUUACUAUUUUUGUUGAGUAGAAUUCUUAAUUUAUAAAGAUUUGCUAACUAUUCUGGACGGCAGAAGAGCUGCGUGUUUAGCAGUGCGUAGGGUUUAUGGCAGGUUUAUGUUGCUGUGUUUCAGUGCCCUUUGGUUUAGGUGGAGAAAACUUUUCACCACACUGAGUUCAAGACAAACAUAUUGUUUGGUCUGUGAUCACAUUUCGGAACCAGUUUGGUCAGUGUGGACUUGAGACUGGAGCACAUGUCUUUCCCACCCCUCCCUUUUUUUUUUCACAUGUCUAUAACUUUACCUACUGCUAAAAAGAGUAAUAAAAGCAAUUUUCUCCUCUCC